UGAAUUAAUGAAGCGUGCCUCCAGCUAGUGAGUUUCGCGGUUUUAAUUAUAUCACCGUUAAUUUACGUCGUGCAAAUAAUUCCAUGAAUAGGAUUUAAAAACAAAUGAUUGUGGUCUCCGAAAUUGUUCGCACUUUAUCAUAAAUCAAAAGUCCCAGUGAAAUAAGAAAUUCAGAAUUAAAAUCAUCAGGCGAAUGAUUCAACGGAGCAAUUAUAUGAAUUAUCAAUUUUAAAAAUCUGGAGUGAAAUCACGUGACAAAUUUCAAUGAGAAAAAUAUGUAAAUAAUCUCUAGGAUUAUCUGAGGCACUUGGGGAUAUCUCUCGGAUGUACAUUGAGACUUCUGGGCUUUAUCCAACCCAAGUCGUCCGAGAUGAAUCGUUCAUUUGUGUAAUCCAGUUUAAUCACGAGACUCCGAUCAUUGAGGUGUUACGUUAAAUAGUCCAUCCACUCCAGAAUAUUUCACUAGAUUUCAUUAAAAUCCAAGAAUUGUCUCACUAUUUCUCAGGAGUUCCAUUUAUUUUCAAAAAUGUACAAGAGACCUGAGGAGUGCAAACAGCAUUCAAAAAAAUUAACCAAAACGAAGAAGAAGAGGAAGAGGACAGUCGAUAUCGAGGACGAAUGCGAUGACAGGGGGAGUGAUUAUCCCCAGGGAAUUGUCAAAAAAAAAUUGACACCGAGGAAUCGAUACGUAUCAGCCAUUGAUAAGGGGAUCGAUAAAAUAAAACCGUCCAUCAAUGUUAGGGAUCAAUACUCCAAUUCCAGACAUAUUCAAUGCCUCACCGAGAAUUCACCCUUGCAUCCAGGAUUAUUCUCUAAUUUUCAAGAAAAGAGUAAGACAGGGAAAAAACUCAAGGAUAGAGGAGACUUAUCCACUGAUUCAGAAUCUAGUUCACACUCCGAGGAGAUAUGCUCUUUUGAUAGUGACAUUGACCUCUCAGUAUAA